AUGUAUGGAAGAAACAGGAAGGCCGUGGCCAGAGUGCAUAGGCCUAGUAAAAAUGUGGAUGAGAUUAACACAAGGACAAUAAAGAACAAAACACAAGCCAAACGUGCCGCCAGCUUUUCGGGCGUUGGCUAUCAACAUAAGGAAAUCAUCAUUAAUGAGACAAGCUCUAUCAUCUAUUCGCUUAACCUUUUUAGUAUCUUCCAGGGACCACCCCAAUACGAGGUAAUCACCGUUGAAAACACUGGACUUGACAACGGAACGUGUGACCAGCUCUUCUGGAUCAACUUCAACGUGACAAAUCGGAACACGUCCAUUCACUUCCCAGUGUUCUUGGACCAAACCCCAGGGAAGAACCACUCCAUGUGCUACCGACAAGACAACGGUAACAGACCCCUAGGCAACACCACCAACUGUAACCAAACCGCUGCCAACGGAGAGGGCGCACCUGUAAACACGUCCGCGCCCAGCAACGGCACCUAUUGGGUGCAAGGAAUGGCCUGGCUGUGUGGACAACGUGCCUACUUCAUACUGCCACCCGGAUGGACGGGCACCUGUGCCCCAAUCUUCAUUUCAGACCACACCUUCAGGAUGUCAGCUGUAAAUAGCUCUCAGACUACAAGACGGAAAGAACAUGUUAAGAAUUGAAACUUUGGACUACCGCUUUG